UCUAAGAUGGCGUCAGUGCAGUUAACGGAUGAGGAGCUUUUCUCCGAACUGAAGCGCUUCGGCUUCACGCCGGGCCCGGUCACCGAGAACACCCGCCCGGUGUAUCUGAAGAAGCUGAAGAAGCUCCGCGAAGAGCAGCAGCAGCGGGGCUCCCGGGCCGGGAAGACGCGCAGCACCGCGGCCGUCAACAGCAGCGCAGGCGGCGGCAACACGGCGGGAUUCAGGCCAGCCAGCCAUGACGUCACGCACCUGAGCUCCAACAGGAGACCGGGCCGGAAGUCUGCCGUCCUCGGCUUCAGCUCCGACGAGUCUGACGCCGAAACUCCACUGAGGAGAAAGGGCCUCAACCACAGCGGCAGGGCGGACCGGAGCCCCGCGUUCCAACAGCAGCCGAAGAUCAGGCCUGCCGCGACGCCGACCGGGGCGAACAAGAGCCAGUAUGGCGCCGGGAGUGCGCUGAAUAGCAGCGGCUCUUCCCCGGGUCCGGACGGACAGAGAGGGGUCUCGUUGGGCUGGGGGGUUCGGGCAAGAUCCAGCCCCGAGGCGGAAGGGAGGGAUUACGACGAAUCGGGAGACGAGGACGACUAUGAGGGGGGGACGGAGAAGAACUCUCGCUCUUUAAAUGGUUGCGGGGCGCCUCACUCGGUCACUAGCAAGUUAGCCGGGGAUUACUCAGACUCGGACGAGGAGGAGCUCGGGGCCCUUGGCGCCGAAGACCGGCGGCGGGACAGACUGGAGGCUCGGCGGAGCCACUCGAAAGCGGCGUUCGCCCGAGGGUCCCAGACGGGAGGGGCCGCCAGAGAGGUUAACCCGCCCGGGAGUCUAAACAUGGUGGGAAGUCGGAGGGAGGAGGGGGAGGAAGACGAGCUGAAGAGAAGGGACUCGGACCCGCCGGGAGCCUCGCGGAGCCGAAACUUUCCCAGGAAGUCCAUCUACGUGUCCCUCGCCGAGAACCACAGACGAGACGCCGGCAAGAACAACCACGUCGACAGCGAGGACGGCUCCCCCCGAAGCGGCGGCGGCUCCAACAGGUUCAGCAUCGGCUUGAGACCGCGCUUCACAAACUACAGCAGCCUGGCCCCGCCGUACCGGGGCAACCACUCCAACCACACCGCCCCCAACCACUCGUACAGCCAGGCAGCGCUGAAGCAGAAGCUGUCUGGGCCGGAGGACGAGCUGCUCCAGCAGUUCAAACGGGAAGAGGUGGCCUCCCCCGGCAGCUUCAGCGCCCACUACCUGUCCAUGUUCCUGCUCACCGCCGCCUGCCUCUUCUUUCUGCUGCUGGGCCUCAUGUACCUGAGGAUGAGGGGCUCUGGGGCCUCGGAGGCGGAUGCAGUCACUAGGAGCCACCCUUUUGGCAGCGACUUUGACUCGACUUAUGACAAGGCAGAUAAGGACCUGAUCCUGAACUUGCUGCUCAAUCUACACGACCAUCUGGCCAACAUCGCUGGCCAGCAUGACUGUGGAGACCAGAAGUGUCCAAACAGGAGUCUGUCCAUAGACGAGGCCGCCGCAUAUUUAACGGCCCAGAAUAAGGAGUUUGAGUACCUCGUUAUCAGUUCUCUGGAGUGGAUAGUCCGGACAGGACAGGACGUUGGGAUAAGGCUGACUGCACAGGUGGCCGAUGAACCAGUGACCGACGUGUCUGAGAUCUACAGGCUGGAGUCCACACAUCCCAAGAUGCCCUUCACGUGCCGCUUCCGUCGAGCCUUCCUCACUGUCAUCAGCAGAGUCUUCCUCAUCGCAGUUGUGGUAGGCUGUGUGUGGAGUGUGGUCUGCUAUGUCAAGUAUCGCUGGAGGAGAGAAGAGGAGGAGACGAGGCAGAUGUACGACAUGGUGGAGAGGAUCAUCGACGUGUUAAGGAGCCACAGUGAGGCUUGCCAAGAGAACCAGGACCUGCAGCCCUACCUGCCCAUCCCCCACGUCAGAGACUCCCUGGUUCAGCCUCAAGAGCGGAAGAAAAUGAAGAAGAUUUGGGAUCGGGCUGUGAAGUUCCUCUCAGCCAACGAGUCCCGCAUUCGAACAGAGUCUCAGAGGAUCGGUGGAGCAGACUUCAUGGUCUGGAGGUGGAUACAGCCUUCUCUCAAUUGUGACAAGAGCUCACUGAUGCCCUCUAAAGUCUGGCAGGGGAAAGCUUUCCCUCUGGACCGGAGGAAUUCACCCCCCAACAGCCUGACUCCAUGUCUGAAGAUCAGAAACAUGUUUGACCCAGUCAUGGAGGUCGGGGAGAACUGGGAUUUAGCCAUCCACGAGGCUAUCCUUGAGAAGUGCAGCGACAACGACGGCAUCGUCCACAUCGCUGUCGACAAGAACUCUCGAGAGGGCUGCGUCUACGUGAAGUGUCUCUCUGCAGAGCACUCAGGGAAAGCCUUCAAGGCACUUCAUGGCUCCUGGUUCGAUGGUAAACUGGUGACGGUAAAGUAUCUGCGUCUGGACCGAUACCACCAGCGCUUCCCACAGGCACAGGGCUCCAGCACGCCCCUGAGGGCCUCCAUCCUCCACCUGAAAGCCACGGGCACCACAGACACCGCAGCCAGCCCGCAGCAACAGUCAGCCAACUCUUCAGGCUUCUCAUGAGACGCCCAUGAGCAUUAGGUUGAGCGUCAUUUUCUUCUGCGCCCUCCCAGCGUCACAGCACCAGUCUGCUGCUGCUCCUUUGCUGCUUUAUAACGGGGAAGACUUCAGUCUGUGCUACGGGAGAGCUGGAUCUUUUUUUUUCGUUUGUUUAUUUUUUUUCAACACAGGAUAAUUGCAAGAAAAGCUAUUCUGCGUUGCAGUUGUUUGUUUUCUAUAAUCAUUGUAUUAGAAAUGUCAUGGAUUUAACAAGGAAGCCAAGCUCUUCUGGAAUAUUUAAGAUGUGUGCAGAUGCUCCAGCCCUCCCUCCUUCUCUUCCACGGUGCAACCAGCUCAUCCCAUGAUGGAAUUUAUCUGGGCACUGUAUAAAAAAACGGCUGCAUGUUUCAGAGUAUGCCUCUAUGUAAGCUUUCGAUACAACACAGCGUGGAUGUUGAUUUUCCUGAAGAUGUUCGAUGUACUCCUUGUUAUUAUUAUUACUCUGAUUAUUAUUAUUUUGUUAGGCGAGGGAGGCAUGAACAGAUAUGCAGCGGGUGUCCUGUAAAUACACGUGAAUGGUGGCACAAGCUUUAUUAUAACAUAUUUUCUAUUAAAAGCAAAACCAUAAGCUCAUAUUUUUUUUUGUUUGUUGCUUCUGCUGCUGCUCAUUUGCCACAGCAGAGUCCGUGUGUAUGCAGAGGCGACGAGUCCCUUAGCGGCUGCAGUAGCACAGAUGCACACAGUAAAGCUCAGGCUGUAGAACCGAGCCACAGUUACAGGGAGGAUUCCUUUGCUCCGUGUUUUCUAUGAACGGGCUUUUCUUUCCCUUUGUCCUUGAUUUUGAGCGAUUGUAACAAAAUCAGGGGGUGUACCUUUAACAGUCACCUGCAACUUUCUACUGCAGAUAUAAUCCAAUAUAUCCCAGAGUUAUUAUCACUUAUUACAUUUAUUAUUUACCUCUUUGAAGAUGGGUAAUGUUAUGCUGCCGGUUCGACCCCCUGCAUUGAAUUGGAGUUCCACACCUGUUCUCAUGCAAGCAGUGUGUGUGUGUCUUCAUCUUUUUUUUUUUGUGUGUGUGUACGUGACCAACAGACCAGACGAGGAAACUGAAGUCAGAACGUUUCGUGUUUCCUGUCGUGACGGAACCUGUUGAUCACACAGCACGAUGCUACCACGCUUUUUGUCAUAAGGAGUACUGUGAGAAUGUUGUGGGUUUGUAACACUCAAUUCUAAACACCCCCAGCCCCCUGUGAGGAGUCUUCACUGAACUUAGGGAUUCCUGAUCGCUUGUGUGUUUUACGGCACCUGUGUAUUCAGAAAAUGUUUUUUUUAAACUCCAGGAGAUGCUAGAAAUUAUGAAAUUUUUUUAAUGCAGUGAAUUGAAAGUUGGAUUCAGUAUUUGCAGUGUGAAAUUGUACAAAUGAUACACAUUUCCAAUGUUCAAAAUCUGCUGCGAUAGGUAGCAGACGACCCAACAGUGCCUUAAAUUUGUGCUUUUAAAAAAAAUAAAAAAGACUGGCACUGCAUUACUGGACAAUGUACUGGAUUUAAGAAACAGACACAGUUCAAAGGGUGAGUAAGGCCUGCCAUAGAUGUAGUUUUGUUAGUUUUACAUCUUCAGAUUUGGUAUUUUGUAGCAGUUUCCUUUGAUAUUAAACCAAAUGCUUUCUCUCUAUUUAUUUCAUUUUUUUUUAACAGCCAUGGUGAUGUACUAUUUCAAUGUCACUAUACCUGUUACAUAUGUGUCAAAACUUUAUUUCAUCAAGAAUCAAACCAUACAUCCACUUCCAAACAAAUGUCAGGAUGUGUAAAACAACAAAAUAAAGUGAACACUUAAAGAAAGAA